CAAAACAACAGAGCACAACAAAACCUCGUGCGGCUUUUGCGGCUUUUGGUGUACGUGAAAAAUCGAGCAAUAUGAGUUGCGUUGAUAUAAAUGAUGGUGAAGCCCACAUAAAACCAGAGUUUAUCCUGCCAAAAGAGGCAGUAGAGAAAAAAGAAGAUUCUGCAGCCUCGGAGGGAGCUGAUUCAAUAUCCGAACCUCCCCAAAAAAAGCAAAAAGUUACAGGCAGAAACAAGAAACGGCCAAAGCUAGUCAAGGUCCCCAGGAGCAGCAAGCUAUGUCGUCAGCUGUGGUGUCUACGUAUAGGUGAAGACCCCAAGACUAAAUGCACUUACCCCAACUGUGUCUUUUCCCACGAUGUAACCACCUUCCUCAGCAACAAAGCUGAAGACAAAGGAACAGAAUGCCACAAUUUUCGCACGUAUGGCAUGUGCCCUUAUGGCCUCAUGUGUAGUUUUGGCAGCGACCACAUUGAAGGGACAGGAAAUAAGGUGAAUGGAGAACUUUGGGCCAAAUUUGAGAACAACCCGCCUGUCACAAAUACAUUGAAGAAGGAGGUUCAACAACUGCUGUGGAAAAGAAAGUAUGACUUCACAAAGGCCCUGCAGGCACACAGGGCAGCUCAGUCAGAAAUGUCAAAGCAGAAAGCAGAGGAGGAAAAGGCUAAGAAGAAAGAGGCAGAAAACUCUGUUGCCAACAAAGAAGAUUUAAAGCAAGAGGAAUGUGAGGAAGAGAAAGAGAACUCAUGUGUCAGUGAGGAAGCCACAUCAAAAAUGGGAGAGGUGGGAUUAGCCACUCAAGACACUUCCGUCGAGGAAAGUGAGAAAACAAAAGGCAUAGGGCAAGCGCCGGAAGAAGAUCUCAUCAAGCUCACUUCACGAGAAAAGAAGAAGAUUGAUUGGCGAGACAAGCUUUAUUUAGCGCCGCUCACUACUUUAGGGAAUCUUCCUUUUCGCCGCAUCUGCAAACGUCUUGGGGCAGACAUUACUUGUGGAGAAAUGGCACUGUCAGUCAAUCUCCUACAAGGUUCAGCCAGCGAGUGGGCUCUUGUAAAGCGGCAUGAAUCUGAAGAUGUUUUUGGAAUUCAGCUGUGUGGGAGCAAUGCAGAAGCCAUGAUCAAGUGUGCUGAACUUCUUGACAGAGAGAUUGGUGUUGAUUUUAUUGAUAUUAAUAUGGGAUGUCCCAUUGACCUUGUAUAUAAACAGGGUGGAGGCAGUGCCUUGAUGCGCAGACAAAGUUGUCUAGAACACAUGGUGCGUGGUAUGACAAAAGUAAUGUCCAUUCCACUCACUCUGAAGAUGAGAACUGGUGUUUAUAGAGAUACAUCAGUGGCUCACAGCAUCAUCGAGAAAGCAAAAUUGUGGGAUGUAUCUAUGGUUACGCUUCACGGAAGAUCAAAAGAACAGAGAUACCUGAAGCUGGCAGACUGGAAAUACAUUAAGGAGUGUGCGGUUGUUGCAGAUCCAAUGCCAUUGUAUGGAAAUGGGGACAUCUUCACAUAUGAAGACUACAAAUUCCAGAAGGAAAAUUCGGGUGUUGCAGGUGUUAUGAUAGGGAGAGGUGCCUUAAUUAAACCAUGGAUCUUCAAAGAAAUUAAGGAGGAAAAACAUUGGGACAUAACUUCAAGUGAACGCUUUGAUUUAUUGAAAGAGUAUGUUAGCUACGGGUUGGAGCACUGGGGAAGCGAUAAUGAGGGCAUUGAAAAGACUCGACGGUUCCUGUUGGAGUGGCUGUCCUUCCUCCACCGUUACAUUCCUGUUGGGGUCCUGGAACAGACUCAGAAAAUCAACCAGAGACCACCACUGUACAGAGGCCGCGACCACCUCGAGACCCUGAUGAUCUCCAAGUCGGCCAAUGACUGGAUCAAAAUCAGUGAGAUGCUGCUUGGACCAACCCCCCAAGACUUUGAAUUUUUACCAAAACACAAAGCUAAUGCAUAUGGGUGAAGUCUCUGCUGUGUAUGUUUUUUAGUUUAAAUGUAAAUCAAAAUGGGUGUAACAUCUUAAAAUGUAAAGAAAUUGUCCUUCACUAUUUUAUCAAGGAAAUUACUGUAUCUUUAGUAACUCUUUAAGUUAUUUUAUUUCAUGGAGAAUUUUAAAAAUGAGAACUGUAAAUUUUCUGUGUUCAAGGUUUCUACAAACAUUAUAACCACAGAUCUUUUAAUCAUCUGAUUUUAUUUUGUAUUAAUGACACCAAUUACUAUUGCAUUUAAAUGUAUGGAAAAAGCAGUGUAAAAAGGCAGUUUACUUAUGUAUAUAAAGACUUUUUAUCUCUGUUCAAAGAUUUCCAGAAGAUAACUUGUACAGCAGAAUAAACGUGAUAUUUACACUA